GAGUGUGUGUGCAUGUAGUUUUAUUUAUUCUUAAUAUUUCUUGUGAUAAAAGUGAAUUGUUUUACAAUUACUCAACAUAUUAUUAUUGGUUUAAAAAAAUCUUUGUAAACCCGGUUUGAGUGCUUUCAAACCUCUUCAUUGCUGCAAAAUACAAGAAAUCCUGAUUUUGACUUCUGGUAGCCCGUUCAAAGUCCCCGAAGAAAGUGUCAAACAAAAGUCAAAAACUUUUGAAUCUGUCAGUAGGUUUUAUCUGCGCAUUAUAAACAAUAACAAAAAUAAUUAUCAACAUUUUAUUAAACGAACUGACCUCCGUCGCUAUCAAUUUAAUCUCCAAGCAUCCGUGGUGCACUGCGUCAUCUAUCACGCUUCUAUCAACGAAGCGGACUUAACCCUUGUACUAAAGAUAUGCAUUAUCAUUACUACACAUUUAUCUACCCACGAUUAAACACAGAUCAGUUUCCUUGACUUAAUAAAUAAAAAAAAAUGUUUGAAAAAAGUGUGUUACGUUUUUUAAAUCCUUUUACGGUGGCGCGGGAAUAUUUUCGGAAGCCUGUCGAAGCGUUUUUAGUGAAUCAAUAUUUGGGUUAUAAGAAAAAGACUGAUGAAAGUAUUACGAGUGUUAAAGAGUUGAUGUACAGGGUCGCUAUAGUGACGUUAUUUGUAACUGUUAUACUGUGGUUAUCAAUUUUUAUGUAUGUCGGCUUCUACAAUAUUUAUAUGCCCAAUGUUACUCAUGUGCGGCCUGUUCACUUUCAGUUCAAACCAUGUGAAGAUAAAGCGGGAAUAUGUUCGUAUCCGUAUGCGUACGUACAGCUGACGAAGGCCAGCAAUAUCCUGAUGCAGAAGCAGCCGUACAGGAUCAAACUUGUGCUUGAAAUGCCAGAGUCCGAAGUCAAUAAAGACUUAGGUAUGUUCAUGGUUUGCGUUCAGAUGCGCGCCAAGGGUGGAUACUUGGUCUCCUCAUCGUGCCGGUCAGCAAUGAUCAGAUACAGAUCUCUCCUGCAUCGCAUAAUGAGGACGUUUGUCUUCUCGCCGCUUUAUCUCGGCGGCGUGGACGAAGAGAAACAACAGCUGAAGGUGGAACUCUUCAGUGACUUCGAAGAUGAUCCGGAGAAGCCAGCAACGGACGCGUACGUAGAGCUGCAGUCUCGGUUCGCGCAGGUGUACUCGAGCGAGCUACACGUACAGGCACACUUCACGGGGCUGCGGUACCUCAUGUUCAACUGGCCCAAGAUAUCUGCAGUGUUCGGUAUCUGCACCAAUCUGUUCUUCGUGUCGCUUAUAUUUAUUUUGAGCUGGUACCAUUUACAAGACGGACUGCCCGAUUUUAUCAAAAGUAAAUUCCGUUCGGAGAUAAAGACUGAGCAAGAAGACAAGGAAUUAUUCGGUAAAGUGAAGUUGGAACGAGAAGAUUCAUCGCCAUUGUUCGACGAGGACGCGCUUCUAAAAGAGUUUCAGCAAAUAGAAUCGAAGGAGGAAACCAAAAAGACUUAAAUGUGAUGUAAUAGAUUUAUAUUUGUUAUUGUUUUCAUUAUUUUUUAGCCUUUUUUAGCCAAUUAUUGUGUGUGGGAACAAAAUCUUCAAUAUGAAAAAAGAAAGAAAAAAGUUAUUUAACAAGUAGGCACACAAAUACAAAGACUAUAAAAAGUAAACAUUAAUAUACAGAUACUUAUAUAAUACAAAAUAAUAAUGAUAAACUUGAAAGAGUAAAAAUAAGAUCAAAAAACAGCCAAAGUAUAACAAAGUAAUAAUAUGUACAGUCAACGGUCAUAAGUCCACUGCCACCGUGAGUGAUGUUCACACGGCAAUGCGCAAGUAAUUUCAUAUUAAUGUGCAUACACACGCACGCGUACGCACACAUACAAAUAUGCGUGUGUGUGGCAACUGUUAGUAUAUAUAAGCAACUGAUAGUAGUGUUACGGUGGCGGUGGACUUUUGACCGUUAACCGUACAAUGCAAUAAUAAUAGAUUCUAAAGUUUAUUUUUUUUAAAUAUAGGUUUUAAAGCAUUAUAUAUAAAAUAUUUAUAUUUUUUUGCCAACUAUGCUUAAAUACUGUGAUUUAUAAAGUGCCAUUGUUAUGUUUUACAAAACACACUUUAACAGAACUACUUAAAGAAAUAUUUUUACUUACUGUUCCAGGUACAAAUGAGCAUUUAUUUUUUAUCUUCACCAUAAAUCUUUCAUCCCGAAGUAAAAUAGUUCUGUCUUGGUAAUACAAUAGUUUUACAAAGAUAUAUUUUUUAAAACAAAAGUAAUUGGUGAACCAUUGCAAAAAGCAAACUUCGAAAGCGCAUACGAACUCAUAGUCCAUAAAAACAUCACGCCAUGUAUUUCUCGAAGGGGUAUUUCUCGUCAGGCGGCACGUGCGAUGCGAAUAGUGCCUACAAAUUUACGCCUAGUGUUUCAUAGAUUUAGAAAUAGAUUUCGCGUUGUAUAUCUGUAUAAAAUUGUAUGGUGUAUGACUGCCUCGUUGGCAGAGUGGUCGCAAGUGCGACUGCCGAGCAAGGGGUAUCGGGUUCGAUUCUCGGGUCGG